AUGGGCGUCACUCUAUCUCCAUUCCGAUACCUUCAAGUCGCUCGUUAUCUUUUUCAAAGAUGGUUUGAUCGAACUCAUCGCCCUGUUCCUUCUUCAAUAUGGAAAGGGAAAGCUCGGGCUAAUCCAACUUCAUCUUUACUCGCCAUGUCUCCUUCUUUCCUCGGGUCAUCAUCAUCCAAUGAGACACAAGCCGGUUCAUCAAAACAUCACUCGCAUCAUCAAUAUCACAAACCAAAGGCGGCUGUGACGGAAGGGGGAAAAGUUCAUCCUGAACCUGGUUGGCCAAAAGAGCCUUCAGAGAUUUAUAGGUUGAUGAAUGAUGAGAGGUUGUUGAUCCCCGGUGCUGUCAAGCCUCCUAGGGAGAUUGUGGUGUUGUGUCAUGGAUUAUACGGAUUCUCAACGGCUACACCUAUCCCUCUGUUUCCAUCUUUGAAACUGCACUAUUGGGCGUCUGUUCUAGAAGUUUUAAGAGAUCGGAUGGGUGUUAAGGUCGUCGUCGUUGGUGUCAAGGGCACCGGCUCGAUCAAAGAACGUGCAGAACAAAUGCAUUCAUUCCUCAAAUCUUAUCUCCCCCGAGGUGUGGGAGUGAAUUUUGUCGCACAUUCGAUGGGUGGACUCGAUGUUCGACAUUUAAUCUCAACCAUCAAACCUACCGAAUACACACCAUUAUCACUCACUACCAUCGGUACACCUCAUCGUGGUAGUCCAUUCAUGGAUUGGUGUGCUGCGAAUAUAGGUGUUGGUACACCUACAGCUAUAGCUGCAACCGCUGCUCUUUCCGCCACUUCAACAACAUCAGCAAUAUCAAACUUACCAUUUUCUUUAAAAUCACCUCUUCUCUCUCGUCCACUUACACUAGAAACAAAACCAAAAGAAGAAUCUUCUUUCGCCACAUUCACAAACGCCUUCACCUCAUAUUUAUUAAACAUUUUCGAUUCUCCCGCAUAUUCAAAUUUAACAACAUCAUAUUUAAGAGAUCAUUUCAAUCCUUCUACUCCUGAUUCAACAAAGGUCAAAUAUACAAGUGUGGCAGGAAGAGUUUCUAAAAUAUCAGUUUUACAUCCACUUUGGUUUCCUAAAUUAGUACUUGAUGCAGCUGCCGAGAAAAAGUAUUUGGAUGAUGGUAGGGAAUACGAAGGUAAUGAUGGUUUAGUUAAUGUUUCUUCUGCUAAAUGGGGAGAAUUCUUAGGUGUAGUUGAUGAAACACAUCAUUGGGAUUUACGUGGUGAAGGUGGUUUAUUUCCUAAUGGUGGUGCUGUUAGUAAAAGACCAGGUGGAAGACCAGAUGAAAAAAUGCCAGGAGGUUGGGAUUGGGAAAGACCAGGUUUAGCAGAGGAUUUAGGUUUAGGUUUAGGUUUGGAUUCUAAGGAUAAAUCAAGUUUGAAUGAAGAUAAAAGGAAAAAGAUUGAAAAGGAAAAGGAAAAGGAAGAAGGGAAAGGUUGGGAUUUAGUACAGGUUGGAGAGGUGAUUGAUUGGAUUACAGAUCUUUUACCUGGUGGGAAAGGAAGUGAAACGGGUAAGAAACAAUUGGCAGAUGCUAAAUUAGAAGCGAAACGUGAAUCUGAAGGCAAUGAGAAGGAGAGAGUGAAGGAUGAUAAGGAGAAGAAAGAUAAAUUUGAUCUGGCAAGGUUUUACGGAGGGUUAAUGUUGAAAUUAAGGGAGGAUGGUUAUUGA